CUUGUUCGAGCAUUUGACAGCAACAAUUAGGGGUUUGUCACGCGGGACGCUUGUCACGUCCGUGCGUAUGCCCGAAUAGUUAUUAGACGAUAAUUUUAAACAUGGUAUAAAUAACAUUUUUCGUUUUGGAUGAUCACACAUCUCAUGUGAAUCCUCAGUUGGAAACAUCAUCCGAGAUGAAAGGAUUACUGGUCGGUAUCAGUUUUAUAUUUUUUGUGAUACACAGUGUACAGUGAAAAUGAAUAAUCAAACGAAAGUGACCGUGACAACAGUUUAAUACAAAAGUCAUACGUGAAUUCAAUUCAUUAAAGUGAAAGUGAAACUGAUGUGUCUUUCUUUUCAGAUUCUUCUGUUACUGAGCUAUGCAAGCUCGGAUAAACUGGAUUUGACGUAUCUUCCGCCUCCAGGAUCGCAAUAUUCUGGUGGAAGACCUGGAGAUAUUCAGACGCCUUUGGAAUAUCCCAAAGACUCAUAUUCAACCACGUUACGACCACAAGCUGUACAUUCUGGCCAAAAUGUACCAAGUCCUGAUGACUACAAGGCCACAAUCGGUAUUAAUAGAGGUAUUCCAUCACAAGUCCCAGACAAUUAUAUACCGCAAAGAUCAAAAGAGUCACUCAAUAACUUCAGAAAUCCUUAUAAGGUUCCUACCACCACUGUAUCAUAUGCUUUCACCCAAACAACUACUCAUCCACCUUCGGAAAAUUUUGAGGCCACGCUUAGCCCAAUUGAUCCCAUAACAGGACUACCGAUUACGUCUACUUUUAAUAUCCCUUCUGGAGAACUUGGCCAGGGGAAUCGUGUAAAUAAUAAUCAAUUCCGCCCCAACUUACCUGGUAACCAGCAAACAGUUAACAUUAUUAAUGACCAACAACCAAAAUCUGGUGUGGUGCCGCAAAUACCUGGAUCUAAAAUACCAUAUGGAAAUGGACAGAUUUAUGUUAAGCAAAACCAACCAGAAGAAUACCAAACCCAAGAAGGCUUUCAACAGCCUAAUUCAGAAAAGAGGCCAGGUUUCGUAACCCGAGUUCCAUUCGAACAAGCACAGUAUCCUAGAAACCAAAGUGUUAUAGGAGGCUAUAGCAGACAGCCAAGUGUAAUUCCUUCCACUACAGUAUCACAGGGGUCAUUACCUGUUGUCACCAAUGAUCGUAACACUAACAAUGUGCGAGAUUUUACAACUUUGAGCCCGGAUAUACCUAAUAAAUUUAAUCAAUCACUUAAUACUUAUCAACCUGAUGGUAGAUUUCAAUCAAAUCAAAAUCAAUUUUCACCUUUAGAUGGUCAAGUUUCUCGACAACAAUAUCCUGGAAACUAUGGUUCAAAUGUUAAUGACUUAUCUAAACAAUAUGAACAAUUUCCGAAUAUACCCUCUACAAUUUCUACACAAGGUUUUGUUAAUAAACAAAUUCCGACAAGUGGAUUGGUUUCAUCAGGAAUCACUAAAUAUGACCAAAGACCUGAAAGACUCCAAGCUGAGGCAGACAGAAAUGCUGUAAUUCUCAAUUAUAAAAACGUUGUAACGCCUGAAGGAUUUGAGUACUCAUUUGAUACAUCUAAUGGAAUACAUAUGGAUGAAAAUGGUACAGCUAUUGAUGGAGUUAAAGCUGAGGGAUCUUACUCAUAUACUGGGGAUGAUGGCAAAGUUUAUUCUAUUGUCUACACUGCUGAUGAAAAUGGUUUCCAACCUCAUGGAGAUCAUUUACCAACGCCUCCACCAAUACCUGAGGCCAUACAAAGACUCAUAGAAAAAGCAAAUCGAGAAAAGGAAGCUGGAAUAAUUCACGAUGGAUCUUACGAUGAAGAUAGGUAUGGUUACAAGACCUAUCAAGGAUCUGUUAAACAACGUCCCGUACCCUCAGACAGAAUAACUAAAUAUGGUGAUGUGAGUGGUUCGAAUAUUCCAAAAGAGGAACACAAAUAUCCAAGUCUACAUGGAUCAGCAACAAAAUCAUUGACAAAGGCUCAUCAAGGUUCAAAUAAAGCUCCAUCAGGUGAAUCAGAAUCUGUCGAUGAUUUUAAAUACUAUGAUAAGCCUCAAGAAGAAUACGAAGAAGAUCGGUUAGUUGGCGAUGUAAUAAUAAGACCAAAUAAUAAAAAUAUAUUAACACCAGGAAACCAACGCCCACAUUACAAAAUAGGUAAUAAACAAAACGAACAGUUAUAUAAAGACAAAAAUAUCCAAAAUGCUAUUAGACAACGUCCCUUCGAAAAUAACCAGUUUCCUAGAACAGAAAAUGAAGAAUCGCCGAGAUAUCCUUCAUCACAAGAACAGAAGACUAAAUCAAAUGGAGUGGAUCGGUUCCAGAAGCCAGAUUUAAAUCAUUAUAAAAAUAAAGACGAUAGCGGUGUACAACAAAUUGUAAGACGACCUGUUACUGGAAUGAGAAACGAUAAUAUUAAUACUCGAUAUGAACUUGAGGAACAAAGACAACCAGACUACAAAUAUCCCCCUCGGCCUGCAACUGGACUUAACAACGUAAAAUUUGGAACCCCUCAACCAUCAUACAAAAAUGAAGACGAGCAAUUUAGCAUCGUUGAUAAGAACAAUAGGCUCUUUUCAAAACAUCCAUCAAACAAAAUUAAUGCUAUGCCUUCUUCUACCGAAGACUACCAAUCUUCAACCGUGAUUCCUUCAAGAUUUAAGCCUGGCGGAGUUAUUAGGCCAACAAUGAAAACGAACUUCGAGCAGACCAUAUCCACGAAGCGACGCCCUUCACGACCAGGUUUAAUAGUAGAUGAAAAUAUUCCUGAAUACAAUCAGGGAUCCAUUGAUGAUAUAAGUAGUGAGUAUGAUACAGAAAAUUAUGACGAAAUUAAUGAUAACUUGGAUACAACACCAGUGUAUGAGAAGAUACAAGAUGGUUAUGAUUCAUCAGUUGAUUUAAAAUCCCAAGAUAUUCAACCAACAAUAACCAAUAGACCACAAACAUAUGCAACGAAGAAACUUCCCCAAUCUCGCGAUAGAAUACGAAAACCUCAAGUAUCACCGCAAAGUGAACGUGGAAAGGAAUAUGAAAAUGUUCAAUAUGGCCAGAAACUUAAAGGAAAACCAAGCCAAAGUGUAGAAAAUAAAAAGCUUGCAAAUAACACGGGCUACCAAUAUAUUCCACCCAGAAACAGGUUUAAUUAUGACGAAGGAAAUAAAUUUUCCACUCGGUACCCGAUAACUGAAUCUUAUUCUACGACAAGGAGGCCGUCUCAGAAACUGAUACAAGAAAGCAAAGAUUCAACUGCCAAACCUUUUUUGACUCCCAAUGUGUCACGAGUUGGAAUUGAUAAUUCCGAAAAUGAUUAUAAUGAAGAAAAUGUGGCAGAAAAUGAAAGACUUCCAAAUCAGUAUAAUGGAAAACUAAGAGGAGAUAAUUAUGAAAAAUACACAACUCCUGGCCAAACUUACAGCGGCGACGCCAUUUAUAGUAAUAGACCAUCAAAUCUACCUUCUAACCAAUAUUCAUCACCAAACUCUAGAAUAACACAGUACGAAAAACAAUAUUCCACUCCAUCUCCUUUUAAAACUACCUCUCAAGGAUCUCCGCAAGCUUUCCAGGAAAUCUAUAACGGACAAGAUUCGAGCACCCAAACACCUUAUGAAACCUACUCAACAACACCUAUUUCGGCCUCUCAAAGACCUACGUAUUAUGAUACUCCAGCGAAAGUCAUCUCAAAUCCUAGUCAAAGCAACGGAUACUACACAGAAGACAUUGAUGGCCAAAGAAUAAUUGGAAACAAAGGUAUAAAUCCUUCAACUUCAGUGCCUCACUCUGAUUCAGAUUUCGGCAAGCCUUACCCCGGAGGAUCUACUACAGGUGAAUAUUACACUACCCACAGUCCAACUCAAGCAACAACUCCUGAAUAUCAAUAUUCCGAGGCAAUAAGCACGUCGGGUUCACCCGCUGCUCGUCCUACCGUUCAAACAGAAUCUAAUGUCCCCGGAAAUAUUUACGGUAAUCUACCUAGCACCACAUACCGACCCGGCUAUUCUAUCUCGGGCGUAGAACAAACGUCUUCUAGGCGACCAAUAUCUCCAAUCGACGGUGUCAGAAGACCUGCGGUAAACUAUGAGCAACAAGGUCAACAAUACACUCCAGGAACACCUGAAAAUUUACCGAGCACCACUUACCGACCAGGAUAUACUAUCUCAGGCGCAAAACAAACGCCUUCUAGAUGGCCAAUAUCUCAAAUCGAUGAUCUCAGAAGGCCUUCUGUAAACUUUGAACAGCAAGGUCAACAAUACACUCCAGCAGUAGAUGGAAGUUUACCGAGCACCACUUAUCAACCAGGCUAUACUAUCUCAGGCGUAGAACAAACACCUUCUGGACGACCAACAUCUCAAUUCGACGAUCUUAGAAGGCCUUCUGUUAACUUUGAACAACAAGGUCAACAAUACACUCCGGCAGUAGAUGGAAGUUUACCAAGUACCACUUAUCGACCAGGCUAUACUAUCUCAGGCGUAGAACAAACACCUUCUCGGCGACCAAUAUCUCAAUUUGAUGAUGUCAGGCGACCUUCUGUAAAUUUUGAACAACAAAGUCAACAAUACUCUCCAGCAGUAGAUGGAAGUUUACCGGUAUAUGAACAGGAUACUAGAUACAAAUAUAGACCGAACGGUGUUGAAAUCAAUAAACCAGGUUCUGGUCAAGACCAAGUGAACCAAGGUUAUCGGACAUCCACUGAGCGAAUCAUAGGAGAAGACUUCAGUGGGCCUAAGCAACAACAAAGGUUCGACCCUAAGCUUGGAUAUUAUUACUGACGAACACUAAAGUAUAUUACGUAAUUUAUUUUAAUUUAUACAAAGUUUAUAUCAGCAGCAUUGAAAAAAUAAUAAAAAAAUCUACUUAUAUGAA